AUGGAAACUGAGUCUUUAAAAGGUGACAAAAUUAUCCUUCCAACUGAUAUGAGAGGUACUCCAGCUCUUAUACUAAUAUUCAUGAAAGCGCAUGGACUGAAAAUGUCGGAAAGGUACAGGAUACCUUUUAUCGAAAAUUUUGGUGGAUCAAUCCCAGUUUAUGAAGUGAACGUUUUGGAGUUAAUAUUUUUAAGACUAUUACGUCGCUUUUUGCAAGCAAAUCUCAGACAACAAAUAGAAGCCAGGCGACACGAGCACUUUCUUUGUCACUAUGGUAACUUUUAUGGAAUUAAGAAUAGAUUAGACAUUCAUAGCUCUAUGGUUUCCCAUGCCUUUCUUCUUGACAACAAAGGCUGGGUUAGGUGGCGUUGUCACGGCUACCCGACUGGCCAGGAGAUCCAGUAUUUGAUGAAGUGCACCAAAGACCUUUUACUAAUUAGCAAAGAAGAGCAUAAACAAUAG